AUGAAUCUGUGGCAGUGGGCGAGGGUGUGGGUGUGGCUGUUUGGGCUUGGGGCCACAGAAACAGCGCCCAGCCCGGAGAGUGCCAAGACACCGACCCUGGGAGCAGAGUCUCCGCUCUUCAUAGACAGACCUGACUUCUUUGAUUAUCCAGACUCAGACCAAGCCAGGCUCCUGGCUCUGGCCCAGCUUAUUGGAGAGAAACCUGUCAUCUUUGUUAACUCAGAUUCCAACUCCAGGUUCUUCCAUCAUAUUCUGGUGGGCUCUCUGGUGGUGGCCUUCUUCUUCCUCCUUUUCCAGUUCUGCACACACAUGAGCUUCCAGAAAGGGGCCUAA